AUGCCUGAAAGCUCGAUCCGGAUGCAUAGAAUGCUAUUGAGAAGUCUUAUUUGGCAGACAAUAAUCCCGUUCUUCUUCAUUUUUAUCCCUAUCGUUCUGCUUAUUCUAUCAGUAACAUCACAAAAUAUUUUCAUAGAAGGAGCAGGAACCCCGUAUUACGCCAAACUCUUUCCCGCCAUCGCUCUUUGCGUUUUUUCAUUUUAUUCCAUAGCUCAUAUUACCGUUAUGAUGACAUUUACGAAACCAUAUCGGAGGUUCUUCUCAUCAAGGCUUCCGCGACGGCGACGUGGUCGACAUGGUCACAUAAAAUACAAAGGAGUCACUUUGAUCACAAUGAUUCCUGUUGUUCCUCAAAUUGAUCGGGCGAGUGAUUCACCAAUUCCUGAAUUUGUUCCCAUAGCUCGCGAAUGUGGCCCGGGCUUGAUGGAGGCUAAGCCCGCAGUCACACAUAUAAUAUUUGAUUUCGAUGGCCUUUUAGUCGAUACUGAGCCGUGCUACACUAUUGCAAAUAAGGCAAUCCUUGGCAAAUAUGGUCACGAAUUCACCACAGAGAUGAAAGGAAAAAUGAUGGGUCGAAAGCCAAUGGAAGCAAUCGUUUGGUUGUUAGAAGAGGUAGGAUUAACGGGCAAAAUCACACCAGAAGAAUAUGCCCUGCACUACGACGUCAUGCUUGCUGAAAUGUUUAGAAAAUGCCGUGCCCUUCCAGGAGCCGAGCGGUUGGUGCGACAUUUUGCUGAGAAAGGUAUCCCAAUGGCGAUAUGUUCAGGAUCCUGUAGCCGUAGCUUUUCAUAUAAAGCGGAGAACCAUAGAGAAUGGGUUGACUUGAUUCCUAUACAUGUUCUUUGUGGUGACGACGAGAGCAUCGAAAGGGGAAAACCACACCCGGACGGGUUUCUUGAAACAAUGAAAAGGUUUCCCGAACAGCCAGCUUCUGCAUCGCAUGUUCUUGUUUUCGAGGAUGCUCCAAAUGGUGUGAAAGCUGCUCUAGCUGCAAGAAUGCAAUGCGUUAUGGUCCCCGAUGAUAUGUUUCGUGAUGAAGCUAGAACGUUACGCGCGGACAGAAUCCUUACAACUCUUGAAGACUUCAAACCGGAGGAAUUCGGCUUACCGGCAUUCGACUAG